UGCACACUAGAAAAUGCUAUUGUGUAAAAUGUGUUUUUCAGGUCCACUUGUAACAUUAUUGAUGCUUUCUUGAAGAGUGAAGAAAUGGUUUUGAAUUUUAUUAUGGAAGUGAUUUUCUUCUUCAUGACUGUGUUUGGCACUCUGGGAAAUAUUUCUGUUUCUGUGAAUAAUAUGAUCAGUUGGUGCGGAGGACCUGAAAAGAAACCCAUACACAUUAUUCUCAUGCACUUGGCUUUUACAAAUAUCAUGAUCCUUCUUGCAAAGGGAUGGCCAAAGACAUUGGCAGAUUUUGGUUUGAGAAACUUCCUAGAUGACAUAGGAUGUAAGAUCCUCAUUUACCUGCAGAGGGUGGCCCGUGGGGUCUCCAUCUGCACCAGCAGUCUCCUCACUGUGGUCCAGGCCAUCAUCAUCAGUCCCAGAGCAUCUGGGUGGAGGAGGCUCAGACCAAAGUCUGCAUGGCACAUCCUUCCAAUCUUUUCAUUCUUUUGGAUACUCAACGCUUUAUUAGCUAUGAACCUAAUCCAUUCUGUCACAAGUACAAGUUUGAACAUAUCACAGUUUAUGAGUGAAGAUGGCUACUGCUAUUUUAUGUUAGAAAUUCAGAAGACAAAAUGGAUUGUUCUCCCUCUGAUGGUCCUGAGAGAUGCUGUGUUUCAGGGAGCCAUGGGAGCGGCCAGUGGCUACAUGGUACUUCUUCUCCACAAGCACCACCAGCAUGUCCUCCACCUCCAGAACUCCAAGCUUCUUUACAGAACUCCCCCUGAGCUGAGAGCUGCUCAGAGUGUCCUCCUUCUAAUGCUCUGUUUUGUUUUCUUCUAUUGGGCUGACUGUGCUUUUUCUUUAAUUUUAAGUCUUUCGUUAGCAGAAAAAUCCUUGAUGCCAAAUGUUCAAAAAUUUCUUGCUCUUGGUUAUGCAACUUUUAGCCCUGUUGUGUUGAUUCACAGGGAUGGACUCCUGCCUGAGUGUUGGCAUGCUCAGUGA